UAAUUAAUCUGGAUACCACCGGGUUGAUUCUUCUAUUCAAGAAAGAUAACUUUUGUCUCUGUCAAACAAAAUGGAAAGAUAACUCAUGCUAUUCUGUGACAGGACAGUUGAUGUAGAUCAUAUGGAGGAAGCUGAGAGAGUUUUUCAGGACGCAGAAUCUUGUGAAUCGAACUCCGAUAAUCGCAGAGCAUCAAAGUUAUAUACAACCUUCAUCAAUCAAGUUAAAUCUUCUCCAAACAAACUUCAACUGAGUGAAAAGCUGGCCUUAGCUUACAACAACAGGGGAUUUCUCAAGUACAGGGAUGUUGAUUUUGAUGGAGCCAUUGCAGACUACUCCUGUAGUCUAAAUGUAAAUCCAAAGUCUUGCAUAACGUACUACAAUAGAGGAACUGUGUUAUAUAGAUUAAGUAAAUUUGAUGAGGCAAUCUCCGACAUGAAAACUGCCUUGUCACUGGAUCCUAACUUUGAGCCAGCACAGACAGGUCUACAGUGUGCUCAACAAGACAGAGAGAACAAGCUGAAAAGGGGCUGGUGAAGUCGAUAUAGUAAUAAAUAAAGGGCUGGUGAAGUCGAUGUAGUAAUAAAUAAAGGGCUGGUGAAGUCGAUGCAUUAAUAAAUAAAGGGCUGGUGAAGUCGACAGAUUGGUAAAGAUAUGCUUCAUGGAGGCUGGUGAGGCUGAUAUAUAUACACCUGAUAUUAAUAAAGAUUCAUGGGGGAGUUUCUCUUCCCACAGAGUACAAGCUCAAAUCUUUAUGCCUCCAACUGCGACUUAGUCCCGAAGAUUUCAUAAAAUGUGCAGCUAUAAGACCGUGAAAUGUUGAUAGAUAUGGACUAUCGUUCAUUGAGUUUUAGUGAAAUAUGUAGUGCUGUUCUGUUAUGCCAAUUUCUCAUCUUUAAAAGAUGGGUAACAUGUGUAAUAAUUUGCAUCUGACAUUCACCAACAGCUUUCAGCUUCCUGAAAUUUAAAAUAUGAAUUUCAUCUUCAUUAACAAAGGGUUUUCUGUCCACUCCGCUCCCUAUAAAUCUUUUGCAUGACAGUGUAAAUAGCAGCACAUGUGAAUGGCAAUUUAGACGGCAUAUUGGUAAGGGUUUAUGGGGAGCGGAAUGAACUGAAAACCCUUGGCUAGCAAAGAUGAAAUAUUUUGUGUACAUGUAUGACUGUACAAUGUAUUGAGUUACACAAUAUGGAAAUUAUCCUUUGCAUGAUAUGAAUACUUUUUGUUGUGUAGCUGUUCAUAGUAGAGAAAUCAGUAUAUUCAUAUAUCUUUGUUCAUUACAAUCCAUAGACAAUUUCUUGUCGGAGCACUGAAUACUGUAAAUUCAAAGAUUUUAAUUAUUAAAUCACUAAAAAGAGACAACACUUCAUUAUGACAUUAGAAAACCUGUAGUUUUCAUAUAUUUUUAGAAAUACACAUGUAUGUAGAAAAUAGACGAUUUUGUCACUGGAUUUUUUUUUAAUAUCUAAUAUAAUGGUGCCCAUGAGUUAAUAUCACAGUUUUGAAGUAUGGACAAUUAACACAAGUUAAAAUAUAAAUACAUGUAGCAGUGAUGAUAUGUGUAUCCAUCAUUUUUAAAGCAGUUAUAUUGUAAUAAGUAUUAGCCUAUUAUAUUUAUGUUAUGAUUAAAAUAUUAUGACAGUGACA